AUGCGGACCAUCUGCGACGUCUGCGAGAGCGCCCCCGCCAUCCUCUUCUGCGCGGCGGACGAGGCCGCCCUCUGCAAAUCCUGUGACGAUAAGGUCUCGGUUCUCUCUCUCUCUCUCUCUCUCUCUCGCCUUCCCCUUAACUAUCUCAUCUACCCCAUAAUCUUUUGAAUCGUUCUGCCGUUUCUUGUUUGGUUGCUUGCAAUGAGAUGUCCCGUCUGGGUAUGGGAUUUUACUAAUAUGCCUCGGCUUUUCAGAUUAAAUUCUGUAAAACCUCACGGUUAUUAAACGUAUUAGAAAAUUUUAUUUCGCCUGCUUACAUGUCGCAUCAUGCAGCAGAAAUGUAGGCCAAGCUGAUGAGUUUGGAUCAAGCCACUCUUUGUUUUGUAGGUGCAUAAAAUUUCUUACUUCAGAUAUAUUUUUUUAUUUUUUCAUUCAUAUCUGAAACCUGACUCCCAAAAUAUCUAGAUAUUUUUUAAUUGUGCUAGUAGAAUAUUAAAUUGAAAAAAAUCAGCAGAGUUUUUUAUGUGAGCAAAAUUGGGGACACAUUCACACCUACUUCUUAAUGAUCAAAAGAUAGUGAAAGGCAUUGGAGUGCAGAUUCAUCUGUCUUCACAUGUGAAUCAAUAAUAAAUGCAAUGCUCAUUUUAAUUCAGUAGUUGCAAACCUAAACAUAGAAUAAAAGAUGAAUUCUGAUGAAGCUGUACAUUCAUUUAAUAUCAAAAACCAACUUUGUACAUGUUUGCUUGAAAUUGGAGCAUUAACAAAGUUGUAAUUGGUUAGUUUGUGUUCAAUAGUACUCAAACUUAAGAUGCACCUACUAUGGCCUUUCUCUUUUCAUGGCACAUAAUAAUUAGGAAUUUGCACUUGGUUCUUGAACAUGUUCAUGAAAAUUAGGGAUUGGGGAUUGGGUAGAAGAGUUGUUACAAGAGAGGCCAUUGAAAUUGGCGGGUACAUGGGAAUGAUAAAUCCUAACAUACUAUUAACAAAAAAGAAGGAGAAAAUAAUUUGAUGCAUACAAAGAGAUAAUGGUAAGGUACUUGUAUUUGAGAACUUUAUUAAACAUUGAGAAAUAUUUAUCUAAAAUAAUCGAGUAUUUUAUUUUAAAAAGUUUGUUUACUCACAAGUUGGGACCAUUUGACUUAGAAGAAGAGAAAAAUUACUUUUGAAAACCAAAAAAAUGACUCACAUGUGGAAAUCAUUCUUGCUAAUUUACUAGACCCUAAGCUUAGUGCAAUUUUGUGCUUUUUGGUUUUUAUUUGAGGUCACAAUAUUUUUUGAAUAUGUUUGGUUAUGUUUUGGUGCUGUAAGAGGCUUACAAAGUCAUUAGAUUAUAGGAAAGAUAAAAAAUGUGACAAUAAAGGGGAGAGAUGUGCCUUUAUUAAACUCUUCUAUUGAUCACAACAACACAUCUAUGACUAAUAUUAUUGGUUGACCUACAUUGCUUGGCAUUGAUGUGAGGAGAGGCAUCAAUCAAGUUAGAAUGGGGAGAGAGGUGUUUAGACACAAAGGUCAUGGGUUAAUGGUUUGAAGAAUAUACUAUCAAUUAGUUUAUUUUAUUUUAAACUCUUAUUAAAAAAUAAUUCAAUAUUUCUUUUCAAUUUUAUGAUAAUACUCAUACAUACAUCCUAAGGUAUGAAACAAUACCCUUCAUUUAAUUUAAUGUAUACAUUUAGUGGCAUUAUUGUACGUAUUUGUGUUUGUGUCCUGUUAUAUACUAAUUUCAUAUUAGUGUGACAAUUUUUUUCUAAUGAUAAUGGUGGGUUAGGAUAUGUCACCCAAUUUCACAUCAUAGCACAGAUUUAUGAUAGUAUGUCUCAACUCACAUCCUUGUCAUUUAGUUAAAAACUUGGGUUUUAUCAAAAGAGGAAAAACCCAAGUAUUGUGUGACAUAGCACCCAUUUUUCUCAAAAUAUAUCAAGUUCAACUCCCGAGGUUUGAUUUGAUCUUGUGGUAGCUUAUUUGUUGCAUUUAUUGUGGCAUGCUAUCGAUUGAGUCUAAAAGUUUCUUCCAUGGUUCAUAGUAUCAAAAUGCAUUCUUAUAAAUAUGGAAGGGUUGGAUAACAAUUAUGCUUGAGUCCAUUGAUGUCUUAUUCUUUAUAUUUAUUUAAACUAACUAUAUUGACUUUGUCUUUCUAUCUUUGUCUCUUUUCUAUCAAUUUUUCCUACUCUAUUUUAGCUUACUCUAAAAUUUUAAUUUCUAAAGUUUCCAUUUCUCUCAUUCUUGACACUUAUCUAGUUUCAUUGAGGGAUCAUUAAUUUGGAUUAUUUACUUGGUUCACAAACCAUUUGACAUCAUUGGGAAGGUAAUGCUAUUAGCAUAUCAUUUAUCAAAGUAUAUUAAAACCUAUUCUAUGUUGAUAUAGGGUGCCUAGAAGUUAGUGGACUCGAUAUGAUUAUUAUUUAGCUCUUUUUUAUGCUCAUAUCAUUUUAGUAAAACCUCUAGCAUUUUGUGUACAUGCACUAUUUUUUAUUGAGGAAAUAGAUAUUGAGAUAAUAAGAAGAGAUGUAAGUGAUUGUGCUAGUAUUUUGUGUAUGUGUGUAUGUGCAUUAGUUUUUAUAUAAUAAAAAAAGGGGAAACUUUCAUUGUCAUUGGAAAACUUUCAAAUAAGUUACUAAAGUGAUUUAAAUAGAACUACCAAUGAGAAAAUUUGAAGGUUAGAGACUACUAAGAUUUCAUACUAAUGUGUGUGGAGCUAUAGUGUAGUGUAGAUGUGAGCAAGGUUGUUUAAGAUAAAACACUAUGAAAACUACUUCAAAUGGAGUGUUUAGUCAAAUAGUAUUAAUAUUUUUUCAACAUCAUCACUUUUACUUUCUUAGUUUGGGAGUGAGAAUCAAUGAAAUUUUGAAAACACAAGCACUACUUGGUUGUUUUCUUUUAUAAGAGUUUAAAGAUUUGAAUAUUAUACUAUAUUAACGAAAAACUAUUGACAAAUGUGGAAAAAAAUGUCUGUCUUUUUAAUUUAAGGCAAAAAAUUUAGGUAUUAAUCUGAAAUAUUUUCAACAUAGUGGUUAGUGAGUUACCUUGCCAAGAGAUCAGAGGUAGGAUAUGACACCUCAAUGUUAGAGUAGGUUCUCUAGUCAUUUGCUUUUUAUUUUCUACUUAUUUAUUUUUUUAUAUAAUAAAAAAUAAAUAUCUCUAUAUGUUCAUUUUGACUCAUUCUCUACUAAAAUCGUUAUGUUUUCCUUUUAGUAGUCAUAUUUCUACUAUGAUAUGGCUAUGACUAUUGUAUGAUUUGGGUGGUGAUUGCCUCAUAUGAAGUAAUAUAUCUCAACCUCAUCUACCUCUUGAUUUAAUGAAAAUCUCCUUCUUCCCAACCACCCAAGUUGAGGUUAACAUUAGAAAAUUAGGUUGACCUCAAUUCUUCUAUUUAACCUUGAUUUGGAUUCCUACACAUUAGAGGUGCUACUUUGCAACUGAAUCAAGCUUAAGUCAUAUUGAAUCUCUUUAUAAUUUUUUUCAAAAAUAAUUCAUUGUUAAUUGAAGUGAAUGCAUAUACUAUCUAUAUAAUGGGCCUUCUAAAGUCAUUGCCUCAAAUUUUGAAAUGUGAUAAUUAGCAAAAAAUAAAAUUUUCUUUGUUGAGAAAAUGUAUUAAGCACUCAAGUUGUAGUGGGUCAUUCCUCCUAAAUAUUGUCUUCAAUAGGUCAUCUUUAUGAAAAAAAUUGGGGAUUUUUUGAAACCUUUUUUUCUUCAUUCAUCAUGAUAUAAAAAUUCAUUUAUUCUUCUCCUAUAAUGCCUUGCUUAAGAUUUUUGAGGUUGCCCAAUAAUAAAAAUCUAUUUUUCAGAACAAGCUCAAAUAUAUUAACAAUAUAUAUCUCUCCCUUAAUUUUCAUUUUUGUCGAUUUUUGAAUAUUUUUUACUAAAAAACUAUCAAAUUAUGAUGAUCUAAUUUUACAUUAAUCAUAUUUUAGGUCCACAAGUGCAACAAGUUGGCUAGCCGACAUGUUCGUGUAGGGCUCGCCAUCCCUAGUGAUGUCCCCCUUUGCGACAUUUGUGAAAAUGCUCCUGGUGAUUUACAUAUCACCUAUCAAGAUAUAUUUUUUCAUCUUCAUUCAAAGGGUCUCAUUCCCCUCUUUUGGAUUGUGUGCAGCAUUCUUUUACUGUGAAAUAGAUGGAAGCUCCCUAUGCUUACAAUGUGAUACAGUAGUACAUGUUGGAGGCAAACAAACACAUAAAAGAUAUCUCCUUUUGAGGCAAAGGGUUGAGGUUUGUCCUCUAUCUACCAACUUCAUGGUUGUACCCCACAAUACUUCUAUCUUAACACCUAGUUGUAUUUGUAUAGUUUCCAAUGGAUAA